GGGUCCCUUCGUUGGAUGGGAGGAUCCCAGGGUUGGUCCGUGGGGGCUUUGGGGUGCCCCCGUGGGGUGGGAGCGAUCUCGGAGGAGCUUUGGGGUCCCCCUGGGGGUCCCCAAGAGAAGGCACACGGGAGGGGUGUGCGUGGGAAGGAGCCUAUCUGCGCAUGCGCGCUCCCGUUGUGGGCGGUGCCUCUGCGACCGCCCCACCCCUCCCAUUGGCCGGCGGCGGAGGAAGGGCGUGGCCGCAGACCCGGAAGCGGCGAGAUGGCGCGGAGCGGGGCUGACCCUAUCGGGGGCUCCUCUACCCUUUGACCCCUCCCGGUUACCGGCGGCCGUGACCUUUGACCCCCCCGCCAGUGCCCCUUAGCCCCUCAUCACCAUGGCGACGACCCUGCGCGGCCUGCACCGGGCCGGGGCCCUGCGGGGGCUGACGGCCGAAGAGGUGCGGCGGGCGCGGGAGGCCCGGAGCCCCCCGGACCCCCCCCGGCAGAAGCUCAGCGAGAGGGCCCGGGAGCGGCGGGUGCCCGUCUCCCGCCUCGGGCGGCUGGCCAGCUUCGGAGGACUGGCCCUGGGGCUCGGCGUGGGGACCCUGGCCCAGGCGGCGCGGGCGAGGCUGAGCGGCGAGGGCAAACCCGAGGCAGCGGGCUCCCCGCUGGACUCCGGCCCCCUCCUCUCGGAAGCCAACGCCGAGCGGAUCGUGGCCACGCUCUGCCGGGUGCGGGGGGCUGCCCUCAAGCUGGGGCAGAUGCUCAGCAUCCAAGACACCAGCUUCCUCAGCCCGCAGCUGCAGCGGAUCUUCGAGCGCGUCCGGCAAAGCGCCGACUUCAUGCCGCGCUGGCAGACCACCCAAGUGCUGGCGGAGGAGCUGGGCCCCGGCUGGCGGGAGAAGAUGGCAGCGUUCGACGAGACGCCGUUCGCCGCCGCCUCCAUCGGGCAGGUGCACCUCGGGGUGCUGCGGGACGGCACCGAGGUGGCCGUGAAGAUCCAGUACCCCGGGAUCGCCCGGAGCAUUCGCAGCGACGUGGAUAAUCUCCUCUCCUUACUCAAAAUGAGCGUGGCGCUGCCGGAGGGCCUUUUUGCCGAUAAAACCCUUCAGGUCUUGCGGAGGGAGCUGGAGUGGGAAUGCGACUACUGCCGGGAAGCCGACUGCGCCCGGACCUUUAGGCGUCUCCUUCGGGACGACCCCUUCUUCUCGGUGCCGCGGGUAGUGGACGAGCUGACGGCGUCCCGCGUCCUCUCCAUGGAGCUGGGGAGCGGCGUCCCCCUCGACCGGUGCCGGGAUCUCCCCCAGGACCUGCGGGACGAGAUCUGCGCCAACCUCCUGCGCCUCUGCCUCCGGGAGCUUUUCGAGUUUCGCUUCAUGCAGACGGAUCCCAACUGGGCAAAUUUUCUCUACGACGCCCAAAGGCACCGGGUGACUCUGUUGGAUUUCGGGGCGAGCCGCUCCUUCGACAAGGAGUUCACAGACCAUUAUAUCGAGGUGAUCCGAGCCGCGGCCGACGGCGACCGGACCAAGGUGCUGCAGAAAUCCCGAGACCUCAAAUUCCUUACGGGUUUCGAGACCAAGGCGUUCGAGGCGGCCCACGUAGACGCGGUGAUGAUCCUGGGCGAAGCGUUUUCGGGGGGGCAGCCCUUUGAUUUCGGGGGGCAGGGGACGGCGCGGCGGGUGCAGGCGCUGCUCCCCGUCAUGCUGCGGCACCGCUUGGCCCCCCCCCCCGAGCAAACCUACUCCCUCCACCGUAAAAUGGCGGGGGCUUUCCUGGCCUGCGCCCGCCUCGGGGGCCGCGUCCCCUGCCGCGACCUCUUCGAGGAGCGCUACGCUCGCUAUUGGGACCCCCCCCAAAAUCGGGGAGAACCCCGCUCAAAUCGGGGAUGCACCCCCACAACCGGGGGGACCCCCACCCUGAGGCUGUUCCCUCCCCCCCCCCCCAAAUAAAGAAUGGAUUGCCCCUAAAUGGGUGCUGGGACUUUGGG